CAGGAACACACAGGGCGGUUUUCAACCAGAAAUCACGACUGCAUUCAGGACAGCAGGGAAGAAAAUCCUCCAGUACAGUAGCGGGGAUUCCUCACUGCAAAGGCCGGGAUUGGAGCUCCGACUGCCGGGGAGAGACGCACGCACGGCCCGGUAACUCACGGGGUGUUUUUUUGGCCGGAGCGAGACAGGCAUAGAAAGGCACAGAGGGGAGAAGCAAGGAGACAGAUGGAAAGAUGGAAACCCCAGCGUGAACAGUUAGCUCAUCUAACAUAAACAAAGCUCGACAGGGGUAAGCUUAGCUAGGAAACUUCCAGAACCAUGGUCAAGAUGCUGUUUAGUUUAUCAGCCAACAGGCGCAUCGUCACCGGCCUGCUGGUCAACUUGCUGUCCUCCAUCUGCAUUGUCUUUAUCAACAAGUGGAUCUACGUACACUAUGGCUUCCCCAACAUGACCUUGACCCUCGUUCACUUUGUGGUCACCUGGCUGGGACUCUACAUCUGCCAAAAAAUGGACAUUUUCUCUCCAAAAAGCCUCCCAGUUCGCAGGAUUGUGUGGCUGGCGCUGAGCUUCUGUGGGUUUGUGGCCUUCACCAACCUUUCCCUGCAGAACAACUCAAUAGGAACGUACCAGCUGGCUAAAGCCAUGACCACACCCGUUAUCAUCCUCAUCCAGACCACCUACUACAAGAAGACCUUCUCCACCAAGAUUAAACUGACACUGGUGCCAAUAACAUUAGGGGUGAUAUUGAACUCAUAUUAUGAUGUGCGGUUCAACCUGCUGGGGACAACCUUUGCAUCGCUGGGUGUUCUGGUGACAUCGCUUUACCAAGUGUGGGUGGGGGCUAAACAACAUGAGCUCCAGGUGAACUCCAUGCAGCUUCUGUACUAUCAGGCUCCUCUGUCAUCAGGCUUCCUGCUCUGCGUUGUUCCUCUGUUUGAGCCAAUGACUGGAGACGGAGGAAUAUUUGGACCCUGGUCUCUGCCUGCUCUGGCGACAGUGCUGUUUUCGGGUGUGGUGGCGUUCCUGGUCAACCUAUCCAUCUACUGGAUCAUUGGAAACACCUCAGCUGUCACCUACAACAUGUUUGGUCAUUUUAAAUUCUGCAUCACUCUGAUUGGAGGAUACCUGCUCUUCCAUGACCCGCUGUCACUCAACCAGGCACUGGGGAUCCUCUGUACUCUGGCAGGCAUCCUGUCUUACACUCACAUCAAGCUGGCUGAACAGGAGGAGGGGAAGAGCCGCCUGGCUCAAAGACCAUAGGCUGAUUUACCUGUCAAUCAACUGCAUGGCCUCCUGCCAUUGGCUGCCCACAGUGUGACCGGCUGCAGAGACCUCUUUAUAUAUAUAUUUUUUAUUUUAUUAUGAGUAUUUUUGUAGGAGAGUUAAGAAUUUCAUCUUGGUACCUGGACCGGAUUAAAUGUGUACGACGUAUCAACACAUCCUCACGCACCUUUACGCUCUUCCCAUUGGUUCUUUGCUCAACAACAGUGAUGUUUUAUGGUUUUAAGGGAAACUGAAGCUCAUCACACCAGCAGCUGGACUGACUUUUUCAGCUGCUGAAAUGAAAAUGAAAAGCUGUGUUAACUUAAUGAAACGGAAAAAUCUGAAUCAGAAAAUUAACAUCUUUGUUGUCUGACACAUGCAGGAGGUCAAAUUCAGCUUAAUUUCUUCCCAGAACUCCCUGCUAUUUGUGGCGUGUUUGUGUUGACGGACUGAAUGAGCUUUGAUACACUCGGUGAGUGUGGUUUCCUAGCAACUAAUCAAACGAAGACUACAGGUUUAUGUCAUCAUAGGGUGGGCAGAUUUAAAUGACUUUCAAAGGACAGACUCUAAAGAUAGAUGGAAAUCUAUCAACCUGUAAUCAAGCCUAUUGGAUUUGUUUAGGCAAGUUGUGUGUACCUACUGUUUCUGAACUCUGAACAGUCCAGUAAACCCUUCCAUCAGGUCUUAUCUAUAAGGGAUUUGUCAUUUAAUGAAAAUGUUUUUGCUUUAAAGUGACGGCCGCUUUUUAAUUUUAAAUAACUGCUUGGCUGCAACGUUCAGAACGUCCACACAGAAAAUAAUUGACUGUCCACUGUAUUACACUAUGGCCUCUUGCCAAAGGGAAAGCGAGGGGCUGUGUUUAAAUCAUCAUCCUCCUUUUCUGUGUGUUUGUUGUGAGUUUAAACCCUGGUUAUUUACACACAAAAAUCUAUCCUUUAAUAGAUCUUACCUUUGAAAAUAGUUGGACUAUUGUUCUAGCUGUCCACAUAAAUACUUCAACAGACACCUGAAAACCAAUCAACCAGCAUUUUCCACAAGUGUUGUUUAAUACACACUUUUGAGCCUAAUUACAAAUUACAUUGCUAAUCAAAAGCUAAUAACUUAUAGGUGGUGUGAUGAGUAAACUGGCAGCAGUGUGUAGGCAUUAUUAUGGCCCAAAACAGAAAGAGGCGCAGCAAGCUAACGGCUAACACAUUAGCCAGCCGGGAACUUGAUAGCGCUAGUAUUAGUAUCUAUUUUAUCUUAAUUGUUGCGUUUACUUCCCCUAAACAUUUUCUUCUCAGGACUUUAAAUCAUUUAAUUCAAUAUAGAGUUAUUGAAGACUGGAAAAAAGCUCCACAAGCUUCGCUAACGCUAGCACGCUUAUUAGCUCUGUUGCUAACACACAAGUUCACAAACUAUAUUCAACAUACGUAUUUGCACCGCCGACUCUUGUCUCUUAACAGUCUGUAAACCAUUCCUCUUAAGUGUUUUAUACUUGGACAGAAAUGGGUUAAAUUAAAUUGGAUGGUGCAACACAGCUAAUAAACUACAAUAGCUUCCUCCAUUUUAGAAACUCCCGCUCCAUUUCUUCAACGGUCAGAACUGUGAAUACGGUUUUCUGUUGGUCAUAAUUCACUAAAGUUGAACUAGACUUGAAAAAUGAACAUGGGUUUAUUUUUCCCUCGCCAGUGAAUCCAUUGGAGUGAUUCCACUGGAAUGGACUGAUUUCGUUGCGAAAUUUCACUGUUUUAAAUGUUGAUGUGACUGAGCCUUUAAACAGAAACAGCAACAAUGUUGUUCCACAGUUUCUUUUGUUGUCAGUGUUUAAAUAGUUUUUUCUUGUUUUAAACUAAGUGUUUAAUGUCUACAUCAUUUCAGCUUCUAGUUUCAGGCUGCCCUUAGUCUCAUUCAGUGUUGCUUUAAUUAAUUUAUAAGUUUUAUUUAUUUUUUUGCUUAUUUUACUUUUAUUUGUAGCAGUUUUUGACAGAACUUGUUCAAUUUUUAUGACUCGCCCAUGCCCUCCUAGCUGGGAUUUACUGAUUUUUGAUUCUUUUUUUUGAGAAAACAUUUCAGAUGCAUACCUCCAGGAGGCGGUCUGAUCCAUAGUUUUGGUCGCGGUGCAGCAGGAACGUGGGGAAGCUCAGUCAGACCACAAUAAGAUCACAGGCAGGCGGUGUGGAGGUCAAAGUACACAUCAGCUAAGUGUGAUCAAUCAAUCCCAGCUGAGAUCUGUUGUGUAUUUAAUGUUUGAAAAAUGUUAACUACAAUCAGUCAUUUUACUGCUGGAAUAAAACUCCAAUCACAAUAUUUGUGUCUGAUGUGCUGCAGCCUCGCCACGUAUAAUCUGACUGCACAGUGAGUGAGACUCAGAGUGAAGCUUUCACCGUUGUCAUUUCACUUUACUGUGUUGAACAUAUUCAGUCUUCUGAAUAAAAACUGAUUUAAUGACUUUA